AUUCAGAAACCCAGAAUCCUGUUCUCUGGAAGGUUGCCAGGUGGUGGCCGACAACCUCAAAGAUGCGACUGAGUCUGCGCACGGCCACUCCGGAUGGGAAAUGCUCAUACCGCGGAGAGGCGGCGUGGUGCGGCAGUUUCUGGUUUUGGGCGCGGAUGCGGGGAAAAUGGGAAAGGUUCUUUCUGGAAAAUGUAAUGACAUGUCCAUCUGUGACAGCAUCCCAAGAGUCAGCCUGGUUUCUGGAAAUCUAUUCUGACUCCAUGGCAGCUAGGAUGGAUGUAACUUUGCCUGUGGUUAGAAAACAAAGGGUUUACUGAGUUUCCUGAGUGCCCUGUACACCUUUGGGUCCCACCACCUCGCUGGACAGCAGGGCUCUCCUUGGGGCCCACAGGACCUUGGACACGUCUACAGAAGGCCCUGUCAGCAACUGCAGCUGAGGGCCACAGAUCUUUUUCCAAGAACAACAGAAAAUGAUCGAGUACCAGCAGAGACCUGUGUCAUUCAAGGAUGUGGUAGUGGGCUUCACUCAAGAGGAGUGGCACAGGCUGAAUCCUGCUCAGAGGGCCCUAUACCGGGAUGUGAUGCUGGAGACCUACAGCAACCUCGUCUCAGUGGGUUAUGAAGGCACCAAACCAUAUGUGAUCCUCAGGCUGGAGCAGGAAGAAGCACCAUGGAUUUGUGAGGCAUCAUGCUCGGGCUGCCACUGUCGGGAAAACAUUUGGCAAGGUAACGUCCAGAAGAAAAGACGGCAAGACAUGCUUUUGAGGCAAGGUACAUUCAUCAGCAAGAAAACGUUGCCCAAGGAAAGAAGCCAUGAAUGUAAUAAGUUUGGGAAAAUAUCACGUCUGAGCACUGAUCUUUUUCCUUCAAUUCAAAACCCUAAUAACUGGGACUUUUGUGGAAAGAGUGUGAACCAUAAUUUAGACUUGAAUGGUUUUAAGAGAAACUAUUCAAAAAAGCAAGAUGAGUGCUAUGGAUAUGGGAAAUUAUUACAACAUACAAAGCAUGAUAGAAGACCUAAUGGAGAAAAAUUCUGGGAAUGCAGUCACUGUGAGAAAGCUUUCAGCCAUAACCCAGCACUUAUGUAUAAACCAGCAGUAACCAAUUCUCUUGUGUACAAACGGAAGAGGGUUCCACCUACAGAGAAACCCCAUGUCUGUACUGAGUGUGGGAAAGCCUUCUGCUACAAGUCUGAAUUCAUUAGGCAUCAAAGAAGUCACACUGGGGAGAAGCCAUAUGGAUGCUCUGACUGUGGAAAAGCCUUUUCACAUAAGUCAACCCUCAUUAAACACCAGAGAAUACACACUGGGAUAAGACCCUUUGAGUGUUUUUUUUGUGGGAAAGCCUUUACCCAGAAGUCACACCGCAGAGAACAUCAGAGGACACAUACGGGAGAGAGACCCUUUGUGUGCAAUGAAUGUGGGAAGUCAUUUGGUGAGAAGUCAUACCUCAAUGUACAUCGUAAAAUACACACAGGAGAAAGACCCUAUCGUUGCAGAGAAUGUGGAAAAUCCUUCAGUCAAAAGUCAUGCCUCAAUAAACAUUGGAGAACUCAUACCGGAGAAAAACCCUAUGGAUGCAACGAAUGUGGCAAAGCUUUCUACCAGAAGCCAAACCUCAGCAGACAUCAGAAAGUUCAUGCUAGGAAGAAUGCUUAUAGGAAUGAAAACCUAAAAAUUGUAGGAAAGCCUUGAGCAAGAUAUCCUAUAUCAUAUGUGGAGGAAUUCAUCCUUAGGAGAAAUCUCAUUGAUCUAAUGACCAAGUGUUUUAUCAUAAGGCAAGUCAUGCUCCAAUUGUGACAGAAAAUUUUAUACUAAAGAUUAUAGAAAAUAUUUUAUAAAACAUAAACCUGUUCAUUCUGGCUUAUGAAAGUUUAAAUGAUAAUAGAAUACAAAAUAUAUGUGAAGAAAAUUAGAGGUAUAUUAUGGUAUGUCCCACAGUGAGCCACAUAAUAAGCACUAUUAUAUUUUAGAAUUAUAAAUGUGAAUUUAAUAAAUUAUGAAUAUCAAGCACAUAUGUAGAAUGCCAUUCACCAACCUUUUUCACUCUAAAUAUCACCAUUGUCUUUUGGUGUCUAACGAUACAAAAAACAAUAAAAUAAUAUGGCCAACUAUUUUUUUAAAAAGCUUUAACAUAUUAAACCAGCACCUUUUCUAGCACAACUGGCUUUUUAAUCAGGAAGAAAGUAAAGUUGAACCAACAGCACAAACCAUACGAAAAAAAAAUUGGAGGCGGACUUGGGAUUUAAAAUUUUAAAAUAACAAUAAAAUUCUUGAAAGAAAAUGAAAGGAGACUACAUGUACAAUCUAGGAAUUGGAGGAGAUUAACUUUACCAACCCAGGACACUCAAAAGCUGUUAAAAAGUAAAUAUUUGACUACAUAAAAAGUGCAAUCUUUUGCAUGGCAAAAGAUGCCAUCAACAGUCAAUAAACAAUGAUUUGGGGGAAAAUAUUCACAGAGCCAGUCAGAGAAAGAGUGGUCUUCAUAUUGACAGGAAAAAAAUAACCCAAUAACAAAACAUGGCAAAGAAUGAAUAGACAGUUGAGAGAAGAACAAAUCCAAGUGGUUGAUGGGCUUAUCAAAAAAAUGGUUAGCCUUAGUAGUUGUUGGAGAAUGCAGAUUAAAGUUAUAAUGAGAUAACAGUAUGCAAUCAAGCUGACGAAAAAGAGCAGGAAUGCUUUUUGCUGUCAGGACAAAGGGUGUUCUUAAGACACUGUUGGUAGAAACAUAAAUUGUUACAGCUCUUUUGAAAAGCAAUCUGACAUCUAUUAUAACUUAAAAUACUUAUGCCACUUUGGGGAAUCUUCUCUUAGAAGUAAAACCCCAAUACAUAAGGGACAUGUACAUUUAUUGUGAAUUGUUCCUAGUGGCAAAAAACACUGGAAUCAAAAUAAAUGCCCAUCAGUAGGGAAAUUGGAAGAGGGAAGGAACUGUAGUAUAUCCAUUCCAUAGGAUGUUUAUAUAGCCAUUAAGGUGGACAAGUUAAAACUAUGCUAGUGGAUUUGAAUGGAAUUCCACAAUAUUCAAUGUUUUCUUGAGAGAAAAAAGCAAGGUAGAAGUGUGUAAAAUGACUCUGUUUUUGUAAAUCAGUUACAAAAUGCUUCUAGGUGCUUAUGAGUGAUAAACAUGUAUCAUAUAUUUGUGUAAAAUUUUAUAUGCAUGGAGAAAAGUAUAGAAGAGUAUACAUUGGGUUUGGGGAAGGUGGGUGAUGCAGGUGGAUGAUGGGGUAGUCAGUGUAGGAAAAUGAAAGCCCCAAAGAAAAAUUAUGUAAAUAACUGAACCAAGUAUGAUGUGUCAAAGAUGUGAUUAAGAAAUUUGAG